GUGACGGUUGGUAUUAUCGAUUCUCCCAAUUCACGGGAAUGAACGUUUUUAUGAUCAUACUCCUUGCAGAAAUAUUAUAUUCAGAUGGAUAUGACGAUUUAUCUAAAGGCCAGAACGCAAACCAAUCACCGACUUACAGCCCUUCGUCUAUAUAUGCAGCAAGCAAUGCAGUUGACAGAAUUUACAGCACAUGUAUGAGGACAGCACAAAUUGGUCCCACCUCCCCGUAUAAGACAAUAUGGUGGUUUGUGAACCUUGGUGAUGUUUACAGCAUACACAGUGUCCGAAUACUGUUUAAAGACUAUGGACCCACAAACGUGAUGCGACAACGAGGUCGUUUUGCAGGAUUUUCCAUUUAUUUAUCUAUGCCUUCAACCAAGAGAGAUGAGUUGCUGUGUUAUAAGGAUGAACCCCCUGGACUCCCUCCUUUAGACUUUAACACAACCUGCAUUGGAUACAGUCAAUACGUCAUGUUUUACAACGAGAGGUUGCAAGUUAUUACAUAUGAGGGAUACCAGGAUACCACAUACAUAGAAUUAUGUGAAGAAAUCGUAGAAGGUUGUAAGAAGCCGGGUGUUUAUGGGAGUAAUUGUAACUUGACAUGUCCGGUCAGUUGUAAGGAACAGAGAUGUAACAUCGUAAAUGGGACGUGUUUUGAAUGUCUGCCUGGAUGGAUGGGAACAUUUUGUGAAAAUAAAUGCCCUGUUCUGUGGUAUGGCGAUAGUUAUCAAUUUCAGUGUGUGGGACACUGUAACGAUAAUGCUUCAUGCAAUCAUGUGACCGGUCGGUGUGAUAAUGGCUGCGCUGAAGGAUGGACAGGUGCCAAUUGUGAAAUACAGUGUAAAAGGGGAAUGUAUGGCCCGGACUGUAUCUACAACUGUAGUGGUCAUUGCCUUAAUGAUGACAUCUGUAACAGAGAGACUGGACAUUGCGAUACGGGGUCUUGUUCUCCCGGAUACUUUGGAAACCUAUGUAAGACAACAUGCAGUGAUCACUGUUUACACAACAAAAUUUGUCGGCACGCAGAUGGGAUAUGUGUAGAUGGGUGUGCUGAUGGAUACAUAGGGGAGAGGUGUAACACAUCAUGUGAAAAUGGUCGUUUUGGGACGAAUUGUUCUAAUGUCUGCUCAGAGAAAUGUAUCGAUGUAUGUCGACACACUGACGGGGUUUGUAACUGUUCUCCCGGUUACAUGGGAUUCAGUUGUAUCAAAGAAUGCAAUGGUUCCUAUGGAAUCAACUGUCAACAUGAAUGUAGCAACAACUGUAUCAAUAACACGUGUGAUAAAAUCAAUGGAAUCUGUACAGCAGGAUGCAAGGAGUCUUUUCGAGGCACAAAAUGUGAUCAAGGUGAGGAGUCUAACCGUUCCUUGUCGAUAGAUCUGGCGAUUGCGGUUUCGAUAAACAUUAUUGCUAUAAUAGCAAGUGUAGUCUGCAUAGUUUUAUCAAGACAAAGGUAUUUGACUCUGAAAGCAAAGAGCAAACAAGCUACACAGACUCACAGCCAUGGAAGUACAGACAAAACUACGGAUGUAACAGUGGAAAACAACGCAUCUACUUAUCUUGAAUUAAAUAUAUCAGGAAACAACGAUAUAAAAUCAAGCCAUUAG